ACCAUAACCUCAUUUAUAUAAUCAAAACAUAAACAUUUGCAUUUAAUUAUUGUUGAUUUAUAUCUUUUAUUAAAAAUUUGAAAGCCAUGGACGAUAUUUUACCAAAAGAAAUCGACCACAACAACCUACGAGCCCUGGACAAUUUAAAGUACAACUUCGAAAACACCCAUUCCGAAGAUGAAGACGACUACGAAGACGAAAUCUCGAGCCAAGACAUAAAAUCGGACAUUGAAUUCGAAAUAAAUUCCACAAAUCAAACAAAAAUUGAAGAGGAUCAAAUGGACGUGGACAUUAUUUUGCCGCAGGUGUCCAACGUCAGCGUCCAGCAACAAACGGCCAAACCUAAAAAGGAUGUUAAAACACGCAGAGAGCUCGAGGAAGAGGAAAGAGAGAAAAUGCAAGUUUUGGUAUCAAAUUUUACUGAGGAACAACUGGACCGGUACGAAAUGUACAGGAGAUCCGCCUUUCCUAAAGCGGCAAUUAAACGCCUCAUGCAAACGAUAACUGGAUGUUCUGUAUCGCAAAAUGUCGUCAUUGCUAUGGCUGGUAUUGCUAAGGUUUUUGUUGGGGAAAUUGUAGAAGAAGGUUUAGAUGUAAUGGAAGAAUUGGGAGAAAGUGGUCCCUUGCAGCCAAAACAUUUGAGGGAAUCAGUAAGAAGGAUGAGGAAAAUCGGGAAUAUACCUAGCGGAAGGGAUUAUAGAUCACAUUUCAAACUUUAAUCUCAAUAAAAUUAGAUCAGAAUAAACUAUUGUAUAUAAUGUAUGGUAAUCAUGUGUUAUUAUUGCCCCUUAUUAUAUAAUUAUUAUACCAUUAAUAUUUUAUUUAAAAUUAAAUCAUAAUUAGGUUCUGUAUUUUUCAAUUUACAUUCUGCAACCUUCCAAAACAUCUCUGGUCCAAGGUAAAGCUCUGCUGCUACUGGAUCCUCAAGCAUAGUCUUUCUCCAUUUGCGCAAUGUUGGAAUUUGAGUGUCUUGCAAUGGUAGUUUUUCUUUGUAUUUUAUAGCAAUAGUGCUGGCUCUUUCGCCCCAAGGCCAUAGCAUGUAAUCAACCAUGUUGGGGUGUUCACCUCCAAAAAAUUUGCCCCCUCUCAAUGCUAAUUCGUUUUCCAAGGGUUGAAGCACCUCAACCAAUUCUCUAGCCCAUUGUUCUAGGGAUUUUUGUUCACUUCCAAACAGGCACUUUGCAAAAACUCCCUCUGCAGGCCCAAUUUUUUCAAUCAAUUCCUCGUCUUUUGAUUUCAA